UUACAUUGAGAACGAACGACUUAAAAUGAACGACUGGAGAGAGGACGAGGGCAAAGCCACUCUCGUCUGAACAUCGUGACGGCGGCACGGACACAACCAUCCUUAUAGGUUUCACCUCACUUUCGGAUCAACGACGGCGAGGCUGCAUAUCAAACCCUUGACAAUCGCCCGAUUGAGCUACAUUUAUCGACAUGUAACACGAGAUAUUCCUACCUCACAUCCCCUCUCAUCAGGCACGGAGACCCUUUGGGUCUAGACUCAGGCACAUGUUGUGGUUACUGCGCCCGUCCGGUCUCCGGCUCGGACGAUGGGGGUUGUUGGUUGUUGGUCUUUCGGUCUAUGAUUUAUGAGCUUUGUAGACAUUCCACAUGAUAUGUAUAAUCAACUCAAACCUGAUGACGAAGUCUCCAAACAGAAUCAAUCAAGCCCAGCCAUAGUCACAAGGCAGACUUGAGGGCUUCCACGUUGUUCGCAUCAGGUGAUUUGCACUGUAUCAAAUCUGUAGACUUCUCACAUAUAGGCGGACGACGGAGCGGCUGAGCAUGAGCCACACCAAUUCCAAGCGGCAAGGCGCCCGCGAUCUGAUUGACUGCCAGCUGGAUAAGGCUCUGCGGAAGAAAGUGCAUUUUCUUCUUCGAUCAACUUUCUGAAAGCACAUCAGAACAUCUAAUUAAUACAGCAUACAUCUUCGACAGGGACGCGCUUGAACAAUUAUGAUGCCCCCGGUCUUGGGAUCACACCGGAAGCGGAUGGCAACCGAUGAAUUACAGGAAGAACGCUCCAUUCCACCGCCGCCGUCCGCUAGGGUUCCCCGGGUCCUGGUUGACAGUGACCGAAACCAGAUCCUAGAACCUGCCGUUGCCAACGAUGCCGUGGCAGAAACACCUCAGCGGACUUCCCUUGGACUAUCGCAGGACCGUCAGUUAGUAAUCCAGUCUUCGACGACCAACAAUGUAGUCAGCACGUAUGUCCCACCCCGACGUCCAGCCAAACGGAGCGACUUCAGCAUUGCCAUCAUCUGCGCGCUCUCGUCAGAGGCCACCGCCGUGGACGCUGUCUUCGACGUCUACUGGGAUGACAAGGGUCCACCUUACGACAAAGUUGCCGGUGAUCCCAAUGCGUAUACCACCGGUGCCAUUGGUCGUCACAAUGUUGUUCUCGCACACAUGCCGGGGAUAGGGAAAGUCGGCUCUGCGCUGGUGGCAUCCAACUGCAGGCACAGUUUCCCCAACAUCAAGCUCGCACUUGUUGUGGGGGUCUGCGGCGGCGUCCCUUUUAGCUCUACACACGAUGUCAGCACAGAGAUUAUACUUGGCGAUGUUAUCAUCAGUGAUGGGAUCAUUCAGUACGAUUUGGGACGACAGUAUGAUGAUCACUUCGAAAUCAAGACCGCGCUUUUGGAUACUCUCGCCAGGCCCAGUUUAGAAGUACGCUCUUUUCUCUCGCAACUGAAGGUCCCGCGGCAGAGGAAAAUGCUUGAAGAGGAAAUGGCCAAGAUCAUGUCGGUCCUGUCGGUCCUGCCGGCCCAGUCGGGCCUGUCUACCCAAUAUCCAGGCGCAGCAAAGGACAAGCUUUAUAAGGCAACCUACAGCCAUAUCCGCGAAAAGGAGUUGUGCGAGACCUGUGGGUGCGACGGCGAAUUAGUGACACGCAAGAGGCUCGGCCAUGAAACUCCGCAUCCUAUGGUUCACCUGGGUAUCAUGGCUUCAGGCGACAAUGUCGUGAAAUCAGCACCGUAUCGCGACAAGAUUGUGGCGGAAUCGAAAUUGAAAUUGGAGGCGAACAUCAUAGGGUUCGAGAUGGAAGGAGCAGGAGUUUGGGACACCUUCCCUUGUGUUGUGAUCAAGGCUGUCUGUGACUAUGCGGACAGUCACAAGGCGAAAGAAUGGCAGCCAUACGCAGCUGCUACCGCCGCCGCGUGUAUGAAGGCAUUCUUGAAGAAAUGGACCCCUUCUCCUUCUCUUCAGGACGAUACCUUUUGUGUUCCAUACCCACGGAACAAUAACUUCGUCGGUCGGUCAGAUAUUUUAGCGAAGCUACAUCAGCUGUGGUGCAACUCCACCUCACAGACCCCAGUUGCUCUCUGCGGUCUUGGGGGCAUCGGGAAAACACAAAUUGCCAUCGAGUUCACAUAUCGGAUCCAGCGUACUUACCCCAACAUAUCAGUCUUUUGGGUCCACGCAAGCAACCACGAGCGGUUCCGUGAAGCAUACACUGCUAUCGCACAGAAAUACCGGAUCCCCGGGCAUGAAGAUCCCAAAGCAGAGGUGCUGCCAUUAGUAAAGAGCUGGUUAGAAAGCCAGGAGUGUGGUCAGUGGAUCAUGGCAAUCGAUAAUGCUGAUGAUCUGGAGCUUUUCUUCGACAGAAAUGGCGGAUUGGGACGCUACCUUCCAGAGUGUGCGCACGGGACUAUCCUCAUCACCACAAGAAACCUGCAGGUCGCCUCCAGGCUAACCAAAGGAAUGGCCUCGUCCGUUAUUAGGAUCGGAAAGAUGGAUGAAGUCGAGACAGCCCAGUUGCUCUCAACACGGCUUGCAGAAAUCGACACGAUGCCUGGGGAUUAUGCAGGACUUUCUGCUCGGCUUGAGCAUCUACCAUUGGCACUGGUUCAGGCAGCUUCGUUCAUCCAAGAGAACAGUAUCACGAUCUCUCUAUACAUCCAACUCCUGGACGAGAGCGACCGGACUCUUAUCGAUCUACUUAGCGAAGACUUUGAAACGGUUGGGAGAGACUCGGAAACUCCUCGCGCAGUAGCAGAGGCUUGGAUUAUCUCUUUUAAGCAAAUUCAGAAUCAGAACACCCUCGCAGGCGAGCUUCUUUCAAUCAUGAGUUUCCUCGAUCGCCAGACCAUUCCCUACGAAUUUCUUUUCACUGCAGGAGAGCUUCAGCUCAUCAAGGCACUAGGGGUACUAAAAGCGUUUUCAUUUGUCACUGAAGACAAAGACCAAAAAUUUGACAUGCAUCGACUCGUGCAUUUGGUCACUCGAAAAUGGCUGGUUCAGAACGGCAUAAAGCAAAAAUUCGCCGAGCGGGCACUCUUAGUCGUGACUGUGUGUUUCCCGUGGGGGGAGUACAAGAAUUGGACUAUAUGCAACGCAUACCUCCCGCACGCCACUGCUGUGUUAAAACUAGGAGAAGACAUUUCCUCAAGACAAGGAAAGCUGGCGAGAGCAAGCCUUCUUCAUAAUGCGGGCCAGCUUUUCUCCGGACAGGGGGAUUACCAGAGAGCGGCAUUGUACCAGAAAAAAACAUGGGAGAUCAGUCAAGCCCAUUUGGGCGAAGAGCACCCAGACACAUUAACCAGUAUGAACGACCUAGCAAUAACAUACGCGUCACAAGGCCGGUGGAAGGAGGCCGAAUUACUACAGCUACAAGUACUGGAAAUACGAAAGAGGGUUCUAGGAGAAGAACAUCCCAAUACAUUAACCAGUAUGAACGACCUAGCAUUAAUAUACGAGUCACAAGGCCGAUGGAAGGAGGCCGAAUUACUACAACUGCAAGUACUGGAAAUUCAAAAGAGGGUUCUAGGAGAAGAACAUCCCAACACAUUGGUUUGUAUGCACAACCUAGCAUCAACAUACGAGUCACAAGGCCGAUGGAAGGAAGCCGAAUUACUACAGCUACAAGCAGUAGAAAUUCAAAAGAGGGUUCUAGGAGAAGAACAUCCCAAUACAUUGGCUAGUAUGCACAACCUAGCAUUAACAUACCAGUCACGAGGCCGGUGGAAGGAGGCCGAAUUACUACAGCUACAAGCAGUAGAAAUUCAAAAGAGGGUUCUAGGAGAAGAACAUCCCAAUACAUUGGCUAGUAUGCACAACCUAGCAUUAAUGUACCAGUCACAAGGCCGGUGGAAGGAGGCCGAAUUACUACAGCUACAAGCAGUAGAAAUUCAAAAGAGGGUUCUAGGAGAAGAACAUCCCAACACAUUGGCUAGUAUGCACAACCUAGCAUCAAUAUACCAGUCACAAGGCCGGUGGAAGGAGGCCGAAUUACUACAGCUACAAGUACUGGAAAUUCGAAAGAGGGUUCUAGGAGAAGAACAUCCCAAUACAUUAGCUAGUAUGCACAACCUAGCAUCAACAUACGAGUCACAAGGCCGGUGGAAGGAGGCCGAAUUACUACAGCUACAAGUACUGGAAAUUCGAAAGAGGGUUCUAGGAGAAGAACAUCCUAAUACAUUGACUAGUAUGCACAACCUAGCAUCAACAUACCAGUCACAAGGCCGGUGGAAGGAGGCCGAAUUACUACAGCUACAAGUACUGGAAAUUCAAAAGAGGGUUCUAGGAGAAGAACAUCCUAAUACAUUGACUAGUAUGCACAACCUAGCAUUAACAUACCAGUCACAAGGCCGGUGGAAGGAGGCCGAAUUACUACAGCUACAAGUACUGGAAAUUCAAAAGAGGGUUCUAGGAGAAGAACAUCCCAAUACAUUGGCUAGUAUGCACAACCUGGCCGUAACUUGGAGGGGUCUGGGGCGGCCUAAUGAUGCGUUAGAGCUGCUUGAAGAAUGCCUUUGUCUGAGAGAGAAAGUGCUUGGGUUAGAUAAUCAUAGGACCAUUGACACAAAAGCGGAAAUAGCUUCUUUAUAUUGGGAGGAAGGUCGAUUCCGCGAUGCUGAAAGAUUAGAGGCGGAAGUGCUAGGAAAGCGGAAAAGGAUAUUGGGAGAAGAGCAUCCCAACACACUGGUGAGCAUUCACAACCUUGCAUAUAAUUGGAAAGACAUGGGAUCGUCUUGA